AGUUACAGAACAUUUUUUUCAUUUUAUUAUUAUUAUUUAUUUUACUAGUAAUUAAUAUUUUUUAAUAUUAAAUAUUCAUUUAUAAAAUGGAAAUACAUGAUUAUACCUGGAUUUUUGCAGUGGGUAUGGUCGUCGCCUUUAUAGAUGCAUUUGGUAUCGGUGCAAAUGAUGUUGCAAACUCAUUUGCUACGUCAGUCUCAGCAGGUUCCUUAACAUUAGCUCAAGCUUGUAUUGUUGCAUGUUUUACAGAAUUUGGUGGUGCUGUCUUAUUAGGUGCAGCAACUGCAGAGACAAUUAAAGGCGGGAUUCUGUCUGUGUCUUACUAUGUUGAUCAGCCUGAGAUGCUUAUGCUGGCCAUGCUUUGUGCUAUUGUAGGUUCUGCUACUUGGGUCCUCACUGCUACUAGGUUUGGAUGGCCAGUUAGUUCAACACAUUCAGUUGUUGGUGCUGUCAUUGGUACUGGUAUCUCUGCCUUUGGUUUCAAUUCUAUCACUUGGGGAUGGGAUGGCGUUGCUCAAAUUAUUGCUUCAUGGUUUAUUAGUCCUGUUGCUGCUGGUUGUGUAGCUGCUGUCAUCUAUUCGAUUACUAAAUAUGCAAUUUUACGUCGUGUUGAUAGCUUCAAGUGGGGUAUUCGUUUAGUACCUAUUUACUUCUUUUUCACAGCUGGUAUUGAAUCAUUUUACAUUAUCUUUAAAGCUCCUGGUGGUGGUGCAGAUAAAAUGCAUAUUGGUUUGAUCGUAGGUAUUGCUUUAAUUGUAGCUGUUGUCUGUGCCCUCUUUUGUCAGUUUUUCCUUUGUCCUUGGGCUGUACGUCGAAUCAAGGGUAAAGAAGAUCUCAAAUGGUAUCAUAUAUUUGUUACUCCAUUUUUAAAGACAAGACCUAUGAUUGAAGAGCCCGCCGAUACUGAGGUUGACCAAGAUAUUGAACUUAUAGCUCAAACAUCAAAUAUCGAAAAAAUCAAGGAUCAUGACGGCAACGGUGAAACUGAAGUGAUUCAAGAUGAAGAUGUUCAACAACCAAAUAAACAACAAAACUGGUUUAUAUACAAUGCUUCAAAAUUAAAGUCCAAAUUCUUGAAACUAGCCCUUAACGGUAUUAAACAAGAUGUUCGUAACCUUGAUAAUAAAAAACUUCAAAAUGUCCAUGCUCAUACAGAACUUUUCGAAGAUGAUGCUGAAUAUCUAUUCCGUUUCCUUCAAGUCAUUACAGCUUGUAUGGCGUCCUUUGCACAUGGUUCAAAUGAUGUAUCUAAUGCAAUAGGGCCUAUUUCUUCCAUCUAUGAGGUUUGGAGUACAGCACGUAUAGAUGUAUCUGGUAAAACCCCUAUUCCUAUUUGGAUCUUAGUUUAUGGUGGCGUUGGUAUUGAUCUCGGUUUAACUUUAUUGGGUUAUCGUGUAAUGCGUACUAUGGGUAAUAACAUUACGUACUUUACACCUUCAAGAGGCUUCUGUGCAGAAUUAUCAGCAGCUUUAACCGUACUCACUUGUUCUCAGAUUGGCUUGCCAGUCUCUACAACACAUUGUAUUACAGGCGCUUCAGCUGCUAUUGGUUUAUGUAAUACUAAAGGUUAUAAGGCGGUUAACUGGAAGGCAUUAUGUUGGUGUUUCUUUUCUUGGUUUAUUACAUUACCUUGUGCUGGACUAGUAGCUGGUCUUUUAUUUGCAAUCUGUUCAAACUCUCCAAAAUUUAUUUAACACACAAACA